AUGGAUUCGGAAGAUAAGAUUAUCGAAGACGACGUUUGGGGUGGUUCAGAUGAUGAACUAGAGAACAAACAGCGUGACAAAGAUUGGAAUAAGCUUGAAGAUCGCUUCAUGGAUGAAGGAUACAGAGAGGGGAUAAGCUACGGGAAGGAAGCUCAUCUCCAACCGGGCUUUGAUGAAGGCUACAUAACUGGAGUAGGCUACGGCAGGGAAUUUGGACGAUUGAGAGCAUUUGCUAACCAGACGCUAUCACAUUUGACGAAUAUACAAGCUUCCCCUGAGCAGCUAGAGCGAUGUAGGAGUCUAGUGAGUAACAUCGGAAGGGUUAGUGCCCAUCAGAUACUCCCAAAAGACAUCGAAGCUAUCGAACACGCGAAAGAGCACGAAGAGGAGGAUCGCAAGCAGAAGAGCACAUCUAACGUAACGUUUGAAGAGGAACUAGGUGGUGAACGCGGCAGACAGCGCGGCGUUGAACAAUUGGCGGAUGAACUGGAUAGAUUAGGAAAAGCAAAGUUGGACGGUAGAGAAACAUUAGACGAAUUGUGGGGAGAGUUGAAGGAAAUAUUAUCAAGGGAAUCCACGCUGGAGAGUCUAUUAGCUGUUUUGUAG